AUGGGUAUGCGAUCCGCAGACGUCACGCCCGCCGUUGCCAAAAAACUCCUAAUGACGGUGUACAAUUACGCGAAGAUCAUCGCUCUACCAAGAUUCAAGGUAAAUGAUCCAGUACGUGUCAGUAAAUUUAAAACUAUAUUUGAGAAGGGCUACACACCAAAUUGGUCCACCGAAAUCUUUCGUAUCGCGAAAGUACAAUCUACAAAUCCCACGACGUAUUUAUUAAAUGAUUCUCGCGGAGAACCUGUAGCCGGAGGAUUUUACGAAUAUGAAUUACAACGAGUAUCCAAUCCUGAUGUGUAUCUCGUGGAAAAAGUACUGCGCAAACGAGGAAACAAGGUGUACGUGAAAUGGUUGGGAAUGGACAGUUCACAUAAUUCGUGGAUAAAUAAAGGGAAUGUAUUGUAG